AGUCUCCCGGGAUGCUGCAAUUGUUGACAACUCCAAGGAUAGAGGGGGAGGAGGAGGACGUCGACUACGACGACGACGACACGAUUCGUGGGGUGCUCCCAAAUCGGCAUUUCGACCUCAACACCCCGAACGAGCAGUUCGCGUAACCAUGCGCGACACCCCCUUAAUAUACAAUUUCUUCGUUGAGUGGUUACGGAUGUUGCAACGGGGGUGUAGUAGCGCAAACGCGUCGCGAUUUUUUUAGAAAGACUUUUCCCAAUAGAAGAGAGAAUAGUAAAAAGUGUCGAGUGAUUAUUGCCAAUAUGUGCGGAAGUGUUAAGAAUGUUUAUAAAUAAUAAUUAUCCACGGAUUUUGAUAUCCACUAGGGACCAAUUUUUGGAAUUAUCUCCACGAUACACCAUACUUGGAAUUGUAUAAUUCUUUUUGCAAAUUGGAAUAAAUUGAGUGAAAUUGGAGCGUGUGAUAUAUAUAUAUAAUUAUUGUAAAAGUGUGCAAUUAGUGAUAGGGGGAAUUUUUACUAUUUGGAUUGUUGUGACGAAGAUAGAAAGAAUAUAAAGAUUGUUGUGACGAAAAAAAGGAAGAAUAUAAAUUCUUUCUGCGAAGAUCUUUGUUUUUUGGAGAGUAUUUAGGGUAUAAAGUUUUUUUUAGAAAAAUAUUAAAAAUGUCAUUGCCAAGGGGUGUUGGUUUGGGAGUGGAUGUGGGACAGUUGAUGCAGCAUCAACAGCAGCAGCAGCAACAUCAUGUGUUGCCCGCUGCAUUUUUCUUGCGCGCCAGUGCUGAACGUUAUCAAAGGACACCAAAGUGUGCUAGGUGCAGAAAUCAUGGUGUUGUGUCGGCAUUAAAGGGACAUAAGCGUUAUUGUCGAUGGCGGGAUUGUGUUUGUGCUAAAUGCACUCUCAUUGCAGAAAGGCAGAGGGUCAUGGCUGCGCAGGUUGCAUUGAGAAGACAACAGGCGCAGGAGGAAAGUGAGGCGAGGGAACUUGGUUUGCAAUUGCAGUACAAUAAUGGUACUUGCACAACGGCGCCAGUUAUGCCGACGACAACUGGAGUUGGAACGCCAGCUGGAAGUCCGCCACCACAUCCAGGACAUGUCGCAAGUCCAGUUGGUCUUUCAAUUCCAGCCGCAGCAGCGCAAAUUCAAACCCAAUUGCAACAUCAGCAGCCCGAUUGCGGAAUUCUUCAGCGCAUGAGAGUUCCGCAGGACGAUUACCGACCAGUGAAGCAGGAGAAAAAUGACACAAUUGCUCACAAUAAUUCCAUUGGCACCGUUCCAGGUUCAAAAAGAGCGAGAAUUUCAGUUGACACCUUAAAUGAGGAUGACGAUCGAGAUUCAGAUUCGGGUCCUGAUAUUAUUGGUGAUCGUGUUUCAAAUAAAAUGAAACAUUCAGCUUGUAGUACACGUUCAAGAUCACCGUCACGAUCGCGUUCACGCUCAAGAUCACGUUCGAAUUCGCGAAGUUAUGCGACGCCGAAUGCAACGCAUUUAGUGCAAAAUUCCGAACCAGAAAUUAUUGUUAAUCAAAAAUGCGAGAACAGUAUCAAUGAAUCGGAUGAUGGCAGUGCUGAACCUGGAACACCAAGUCCAACGCAUACACCGCCAUUAACACCGGCACUAACACCCCAAAGGGAAGACACACCGGCGCCAGAGAAUUUGAGUCUCAGAAAAUCUGGAAGUCCACCGCAAACGCAACCUAGUCUACAGGCAAUGGAUCUCGUUAAUCCACGACAUAAUUCGCCUCCCUCAUCAUUAGCGGUGAGUUUUCAAGCUGCAGCAGCCGCGGCGCAUUUUUCACCUUACGCUCCUCUGUACGGGCCAGCGGCUAGUUCUCUAUAUUGUUCGCCAGCGUUGUAUCAGCAUCAGCCGCAUCCGCAUCUUCAUGAGCCACGGGAAAUACAGAUGCAAAUGCAGAUGCAGAUGCAGAAUAUUCCGCAACCAUGUGGUCUGCAGGUGCAACAACAGCAGCAACAGCAGAGGUCACCGGUGGACGUUUUACUGCGAGUUUUUCCCGGAAGACGACGGAGCGACGUGGAAGCCCUGCUGCACAGAUGCAAAGGUGACGUGGUCUCGGCAAUGGAGGUAAUGGUUUGCGAAGACAGUCUACAACCAAAAUCAGCCUUCUCACCACUGGCGGGUGCACUGGCGUCGGCUGCCGUUGCAUCUGCAGCUUCUGCCACUGCAACUGCAGCGUACGCAACACGAAGUGCAUAUUGCGGUCCAAGUCCACCAACGAGACACAGAUUUCUAGCUGCACCCUACACAGGAACAGGCUACCUGCCAACAGUCAUUAGGCCACCUAAUCAAGCGAAUCAUCCUAAUGGAACCAACGACGCGUAUCGAGAAACUAGUCCUGACGACGCCAGCGAUAAAACGAGCUACUCCGAGUGACCUGGACCAGGUCAGACCUCAUUCUGGUCCUUUUUGUAACACUUGAAUUCAUCACACAUCAAUAACUUUGAAUUCAUCAACACAAAAAAAAAGCCCCAGAAAAUUUCAAUGCUCCGGACAAUUUUCUAACCAAAGAAGCAUUGGAUCAAUGGACAGAUAAAAUAUUCCCAAUCUUUGAAUCCAAUAAUUGGUGCUCGUGAAUGUAAAUCGAAUAAUUUAACUUAAUUUUCCCCUCCCAAGAAGAAAAAUUAUAUAUAUAAAGAAGUGAUUUUCCAAAUAAUACUAUAGUAUUUCCUGUGAAGGAAAAACAAUUUUUUUUUCCAUGGACAUUCGAUUCUAUAAUAUUUGACAUAUCUCGUGAAAAAAAUGUCGCGAAAAAAAUAUUGUCAUACAAGGAUUUUAGAGAAAAGGAAAGAAAAAGUAUUUGCAGAGAAAUGCAAAGUAUACAUAUAAUAGUGAUGUAAGUGUGUAGAUACGACGAUUCAAUGCAGUACGUAUAUACAAUAAUUUGCUGAUGAGAAUAUAUAAAUAAUGUGUGUAGGUGAAAUUGUUAGCAUUUUAGAAAAUAGUGAAUAAUUGAAAAUUGUAAAUACACUAAUUAAAUGCUAGUAGCGGACAAAAUUUAGAAUCCAAAAAAGCUUUUUAAACUUUCGAAACUGCGACGAAUUUGAAAAUUCUUCAAAUAUAAAAUUCUUUUGGUAUUAAAAUUUUCUUUUGAUCUUAAAACAAAAAUAAAUAGUAAACAACUAAAAAUUUCGCUAAUAUAGUGAAAAUAGUUGAUGCAAGUAAAAUAUUUCCCAAGAAUUAUUUCCGAACAGUAUUAUAUCAGAAAGAAUUACAAUUUUAAAAAAGGAAACAUAGAACUAUGUACAAAGAAUAUUUAAUAACGAAUACAAAAAAAAACUGUUCUUCCUUUUUCAAAAAAAAAGUUUUCAUACAAAAAAAACCAGUUUUAAGAAAAAAAUAAAAUGUUCUUCUUCCUUUGCCAUUCUCUAAGCUCUAAACUGAAAAUACGUAUACGCAACUAUAAUAAAUACGUGUAAAAUUUCUGUAAGAUGUUUAAUCAGAUAAUUAUUGACUGCUGACAGUGAGAUUAUAAAAAAAAAAUUGAUACACCAUAAAAAAAACAAUCUUCUGUAGGUAAAAAAUUUGUUGUGUACGAAUUCGAAUGUAUAGACCGGAAACCUCAAUAAACGAAUAACUAUUGAUAUAUCGUAGAA